AUGCAUCCUGUAUUGUAGGCAUACAUGUCUUCAAUACUGCUUAAUUAGCUUAAUUAAGCCAUAUAUGGCUGGACUUCCUAACACAACAAGAUGAUCCUCACCCCUUCCUCAGUCGCAUCAGCUGUUACAUAAGAAUGAGUUCUAGAUCGUUGUUCAACCCACGUGAGGAGCACGUUCCUUAACAAAGCCAAGAGUCCAAGACGUUUCGAAUAACUUGGCCCAUAAACCAACGGUCAUUUCUGAUCACAGAAUGACGGAGUCACGACUCCUCCUCCUCUCGGUGCCCGAAAUCCCAAUAGAGAUUGUGAGCGACGAAGAGAUGGCUCUGCUCGAAGCCGCCUUGGUCUCCGCUCGCUCUGUAUUUCGAUCCUCCUCUCAAUCAUCUCACUUCCCUUCCAACCUCGAUAGGCCCCUUCACUCCAUCACCCUCCUUUCCAAUUCCAAAAGGAGCCUUUCGGGUUGCUCCCAACCCGAUAUCGAGGAUUCGGGCGACUUCAACAAGAAGAAGACCCGGUCGGGUGAAUCGUUAUUGGACCGGUUCAGGAACAACAAGGCCUGGUCCGCCACCGAUUUUACUAGCACGGAAUGGUGUGAGAAACAAAAAGAGUUUGGUCUCCUCAAUGGUAAGAGAAUAGUCACUCAGGCUAUGAAAACUGGUCAAGAGCGCCAUGCAAAACUCGAAGAAGAGGUUGUUACAAGAGUUAAAGUUGAUGUCAAUUCAGAAGAAGAUUAUUGGGCUCUGAGGCUUUUGAGUUUUAUUACCGGCAUAAAUCAAUUAUAUUUUGAUGGAUUGACUCGAGAGCUGUUUCUUAUAGGUUUUGGAGAAGGUAUAUGGAUGGUGGGAGUGAUUGAUGAGGUUCAAAUGCCGGCAACAGAAACCCAGAGAAAUCCUUUAUUAGUUGACACAAAGACUCGUGUGAAAGAUACACUUCCUUCCGAACCACAAAGAAGGAAUGGAAGGUUUCAGUUGAUGUUCUACAAGCACUUGUGGGAUAUCUUAGUUACUUUUAGAUUCCCCUCCGACCAAUUCUAUGAUCAUUUUUCCUUAAAUCCUGAUUGUGAGUUAUCUGAAGAAAUCAGGGAGGUCAUGGCUAAAUCAGGGUGUCCAGCAAAGACCCUUGAUGACGUGGUGAAUUACUAUAAAAAUACCUGGAUCACGCUACCCCUUGCUGAUGACCAACUUCUAUUAAGAUAUGAGUUACAAAAAGACCAUUCAGUAAUCGGUGAAGAUGAAUUUCCUUACAACUCUGAUGGGUUUAAGAAGCAACUUCAGUUUUCUCUUGAGUUUUGGCAAGGAAAGCGAGAAGCCAGUUACAUUCCCGUGGAAGAGCGAUGGAAAUGCAACCUCUGUCAUUUUACUUCCAAUUGUCCUGCAGCUCCUGCUAAAAGCACUAGUAGCAAUCUGCCUACCUAGAGAAAGGACUUGCAUUUGUGUUGUUUCAAAUCAGUGUCCUCACUGGCGCCUACAAAGAAGCAUCGAGUUUUAGAGUUGGUUCUUCGGGGUAACUGUUGUCUUAGAGGUUAUGUGCAUGGCUGUGUCAUUCUUGUUGUAUUGUAGGCAUUGUUUGGUAAAUUUCAAUUGCUUUAUUGAAGCAAUUCGCAAUGUAAAUCUUCUUAUCAAGUUACUCAAAUGAUUAUCAGCUUAAUUUUUCAUUAGUUUGUUCACAUUACAGAAUUGCCAUUUCUAUUUAU